AUGAAGUGUGAACCAGUCAGCUGCAAGAAAAGCGAGCAGUGUGCUGUGAAGAAGGGGAUCAGGGACUGCUACCCAACAACCUACGGCUCAUGCAAGUGUUCCGGAGACCCCCACUGUAGAACCUUUGACAACAAGAAGUUUGAUUUCCAGGGCACCUGUACCUACGUCCUAGCUCAGCUGGUCGAAGGCUCCCAGCAGAACCUGGAACCGUUCCAGGUUCUGGUGACGAACGAGCACAGAGGGCGGAAAACAAGCGUGUCCUUCACCAAGUCCGCCUUUCUCACCGUGUUUGGAAACGUCACUGUUGGCAUGAGCCGCAUCAAGCCAGGACAGAUAACGGUGAAUGGUCAAGCAGUCAAUCUGCCGUUCAACUUUGAGGAUGGAAAACUCAUCGCACUCAGACAACGACGAUUCGGUGUGGUGAAAACAUAUUUUGGUUUGACACUCAAAUUCGACUGGAGUGCCCACGUCAAGGUGAUUCUGCCCAGUUCAUACUCAGAAGAAACAGUCGGCCUGUGUGGAAACUUCAACGGCAACAAAGGAGAUGACUACCUGAAACUGGACGGCACUCAGACUAAGAACGUUAAUGAAUUUGGUGGCAGCUGGAAGGUUGGAGGAGACUUCGGCUGCACCAGUGACUGUCCAGGAGGUAAAUGUCCUGAGUGUGAACCUGCAAUGAUCCCACUGUACCAGGGGAGGCGCUACUGUGGCAUCAUCUCUGACAAGGAAGGACCAUUCAGUCAGUGUCACAGUAAACUGGAUCCCACAGAGUUCCUCAGCGACUGUGUGUUUGACAUGUGUAUGUACAAAGGACACGCCUCCGCUCUGUGCAGCAGCCUAUCAGCUUUCAGUUCCGCCUGUCAGGACGCAGGGGCUAAAGUGGAGAGCUGGAGGAGCGAAAACUUCUGUCCUCUAUCUUGUCCUGCAAACAGUCACUAUGAGUUGUGUGCCGACCCCUGCCAGCUCACCUGCAGCGACCUCGCCCCAGCUGAUGGCUGUGACGAGGGCGCCUCCUGUGGGGAAGACUGUGUGUGUGAUGAUGGCUUCAUCAUGAGUCACGACAAGUGUGUUCCUGUGGCAGAGUGCGGCUGCCAGGACGGAGGGCAGUACUAUCAGAACGGACAGACGUUCUUCCGUGGACAGUCCUGUGACACUCGGUGUGUGUGUUCAGACGGAGGACAGAUUCAGUGUGACUCUACCUUCAAAUGUUCAGAACAUGAGAAGUGUGUUCUGAAAGACGGCUCCAACUCCUGUGAACCCAAAAGUAUCGGUUCUUGUUCUGUGAGCGGAGUCAGAACCAUCCGCUCCUUUGACGGACAGGAGUUUCCUCUGUGGGGAGACUGUCUGUUCAUCCUGUCAGAGGUGCAGAGGAAGGAUGGAGGGAAGCCGGCCUACUCUGUGCUUGUGGAGCAGAAAACUGUUGAAGACGGUUCGGUCUCUCGCAACGUGGUUAUCAAAGUUGAAGACACUGAAUUCACCAUGGAAGCAGGAGUCAGCUGGGAAGUUAAGGUCGAUGGCAUCAGAGUCUCCCUUCCUCUGUCACUGAACGAGGGCAAAGUUCGAGUAUAUCAAAAUGGCAUCCACAUCGUGGUUGAGACUGACUUUGGUCUGAAGCUGACCUAUAACACAGUGGCAGACUUGGUGUUACAAAUCCCAUCGACCUAUCACAGCGCUCCAAGCGGUCUCUGUGGAAACUUCAACGCCGACCCGUCUGAUGACUCCAAGGAGGGGAAAGGGGAUCCGUUGGCUUCAGCGGCAUUCUGGGUUGUAGAGAAAGACGACGUCCAGUGUGAGGUGGGCUGCGGAGACGCUAAAUGUCCUGGGCCUGUUGAAGAGGAGGUUCCAGAGUCUCAAAAGGCCUGUGACAUCAUCAAAUCAGCACAGGGCCCGUUUGAGGGAUGCCACUCUUCAGUUAGCCCGACUCCAUUCUACGACAUCUGUGUCAGGGAGAUGGCCACACACAAAGGAGGCGACAAGCUCCUAUGUCAACACAUCCAGAGUUACGUCACACAGUGUCAGCUCGCCGGAGCCAAAAUAAAGGAGUGGAGGAGCGACAAGUUCUGUCCACUGACAUGUCCAUCGGGGAGUCACUAUGAUCUGUGCCCCUCCACCUCGUCCUCCACCUGCUCCUCCCUUCAGGACUCAGCCGCUCCGCCGGCCUGUCAGGAGGGCUGCCAGUGUGACGACGACCUGUUGUUUGAUGGAGCAAAGUGUGUCCCCGUGGAGAAGUGUGGCUGUUCUGUGGAUGGACGGUAUUAUAAAGCGGGGACAUCAGUGCUGUCAGAGGGCUGUUCAAAGAUCUGUUCCUGUGAGUCUGGAGUUCUGAGCUGUGAGGACUUCAGCUGCCAGGAGGGGGAGGAGUGUAGCAACAAGGAUGGAACAAUCGACUGCUUCUCCACAGUUACCCCGGCUCCACCUCCACCCAAAGACCCCUGUGAAGACGUACAGUGUCGAUCAAAGGAGCGCUGUGUGAACGGAGAGUGUGUCCAUACCUCCACCGCAACAUGCAAAGCCAUGGGAGACCCCCACUUCUGUACGUUUGAUGGAAGACGCUAUGACUUCCAGGGUUCCUGUACCUACACUAUGGCAACAGUUGCAAAGCCAGCGGACGAUCUCACUCCUUUCACUGUAACCGUCAAGAAUAACCACCGAGGAAGCAAGCGAGUAACCUAUGUGAGGACAGUGACCGUCACUGUUCACGGACAGACGAUAGUCAUCAGCAUGGCUAAAGGACGAGUAGAGGUGAAUGGAGAGCUUCAGCACCUGCCUGUCAAUCUGCUGGAGGGGAAGGUCACUGUGAGGCGGAGUGGCGGCUACGCUCUCCUUGCCACCGACUUUGGCCUGGUUGUAAAAUACGACUGGAACAUGAGGCUGAUAAUCACAGCACCUUCUUCUUAUUUCGACCACAUGGGAGGACUGUGUGGAAACUACAAUGGAGACAAAAAGGACGACCUGCCGGACCCCAAAUCCAAAAGUAUCCCCAUAGUGCUGGAGAUGAUCAAGAACUGGAAGGUGGAGGAUCCAGAUCUGUUUUGUAGUGAUAACUGCGGCGGUCGCUGUCCUCAAUGUUCACUGACGCAGCAGGAGCACUUCAGAAACCCCAAACUCUGCGGACUUAUGUCCAAAGAGGACGGACCGUUCGCAGCCUGCCACAAAACCGUCCACCCCUCCGGGCAGCUGGACGACUGUGUCUACGACGUCUGUGCCAAUAACGGUGCCAAAAAGAUCCUCUGUGAACACCUGGAGAUUUACGUUGAGUCCUGUUUGUCAGAAGGAGUCAAAGUUGGUGCAGAGUGGAGAGAGCAGUCCGGCUGCAUCCCGUCCUGUCCAGCAGGAAGUCACUAUGAAUCCUGUGGUUCAGCAUGUCCCGCCUCCUGCUCGGCUCUGGACAGUAAGGAGCUCUGUAAAGAUUCCUGUGUGGGUGGAUGUCAGUGUGAUGAAGGACGUGUGCUCAGUGGGGACAGGUGCGUCCCUCAGGCCCAGUGUGGAUGUCAGUAUCAGAGCAAGUAUUACCCAGCAGGCGCCAAGUUUUGGGGGGACAACACCUGCACCUCCAGGUGUGAAUGCAAGAACGGGAAAGCCGAGUGUGAACCAGUCAGCUGCAAGAAGAGCGAGCAGUGUGCUGUGAAGAAGGGGAUCAGGGACUGCUACCCAACAACCUACGGCUCAUGCAAGUGUUCCGGAGACCCCCACUGUAGAACCUUUGACAACAAGAAGUUUGAUUUCCAGGGCACCUGUACCUACGUCCUAGCUCAGCUGGUCGAAGGCUCCCAGCAGAACCUGGAACCGUUCCAGGUUCUGGUCACUAACGAGCACAGAGGGCGGAAAACAAGCGUGUCCUUCACCAAGUCCGCCUUUCUCACCGUGUUUGGAAACGUCACUGUUGGCAUGAGCCGCAUCAAGCCAGGACAGAUAACGGUGAAUGGUCAAGCAGUCAAUCUGCCGUUCAACUUUGAGGAUGGAAAACUCAUCGCACUCAGACAACGACGAUUCGGUGUGGUGAAAACAUAUUUUGGUUUGACACUCAAAUUCGACUGGAGUGCCCACGUCAAGGUGAUUCUGCCCAGUUCAUACUCAGAAGAAACAGUCGGCCUGUGUGGAAACUUCAACGGCAACAAAGGAGAUGACUACCUGAAACUGGACGGCACUCAGACUAAGAACGUUAAUGAAUUUGGUGGCAGCUGGAAGGUUGGGGGAGACUUCGGCUGCACCAGUGACUGUCAAGGAGGUAAAUGUCCUGAGUGUGAACCUGCAAUGAUCCCACUGUACCAGGGGAGGCGCUACUGUGGCAUCAUCUCUGACAAGGAGGGACCAUUCAGUCAGUGUCACAGUAAACUGGAUCACACAGAGUUCCUCAGCGACUGUGUGUUUGACAUGUGUAUGUACAAAGGACACGCCUCCGCUCUGUGCAGCAGCCUAUCAGCUUUCAGUUCCGCCUGUCAGGACGCAGGGGCUAAAGUGGAGAGCUGGAGGAGCGAAAACUUCUGUCCUCUAUCUUGUCCUGCAAACAGUCACUAUGAGUUGUGUGCCGACCCCUGCCAGCUCACCUGCAGCGACCUCGCCCCAGCUGAUGGCUGUGACGAGAGCGCCUCCUGUGGGGAAGACUGUGUGUGUGAUGAUGGCUUCAUCAUGAGUCACGACAAGUGUGUCCCUGUGGCAGAGUGCGGCUGCCAGGACGGAGGGCAGUACUAUCAGAACGGACAGACGUUCUUCCGUGGACAGUCCUGUGACACUCGGUGUGUGUGUUCAGACGGAGGACAGAUUCAGUGUGACUCUACCUUCAAAUGUUCAGAACAUGAGAAGUGUGUUCUGAAAGACGGCUCCAACUCCUGUGAACCCAAAAGUAUCGGUUCUUGUUCUGUGAGCGGAGUCAGAACCAUCCGCUCCUUUGACGGACAGGAGUUUCCUCUGUGGGGAGACUGUCUGUUCAUCCUGUCAGAGGUGGAGGAGAUCGAUGGAGGGAAGCCGGCCUACUCUGUGUUUGUGGAGCAGAAAACUCUUGAAGACGGUUCAGUCUCUCGCAACGUGGUUAUCAAAGUUGAAGACACUGAAUUCACCAUGGAAGCAGGAGUCAGCUGGGAAGUCAAGGUCGAUGGCAUCAGAGUCUCCCUUCCUCUGUCACUGAACGAGGGCAAAGUUCGAGUAUAUCAAAACGGCAUCCACAUCGUGGUUGAGACCGACUUUGGUCUGAAGCUGACCUAUAACACAGCGGCAGACUUGGUGUUACAAAUCCCAUCGACCUAUCACAGCGCUCCAAGCGGUCUCUGUGGAAACUUCAACGCCGACCCGUCUGAUGACUCCAAGGAGGGGAAAGGGGAUCCGUUGGCUGUAGCGGAAUUCUGGGUUGUAGAGAAAGACGACGUCCAGUGCGAGGUGGACUGCGGAGACACUCCCUGUCCUGGGCUUGAUAAAGCGGAGGUUCCAGAGUCUCAAAAGGCCUGUGACAUCAUCAAAUCAGCACAGGGCCCGUUUGAGGGAUGCCACUCUUCAGUUAGCCCGACUCCAUUCUACGACAUCUGUGUCAAGGAGAUGGCCACACACAAUGGAGGCGACAAGCUCCUAUGUCAACACAUCCAGAGUUACGUCACACAGUGUCAGCUCGCCGGAGCCAAAAUAAAGGAGUGGAGGAGCGACAAGUUCUGUCCGUUGACAUGUCCAUCGGGGAGUCACUAUGAUCUGUGCCCCUCCACCUCGUCCUCCACCUGCUCCUCCCUUCAGGACUCAGCCGCUCCGCCGGCCUGUCAGGAGGGCUGCCAGUGUGACGACGACCUGUUGUUUGAUGGAGCAAAGUGUGUCCCUGUGGAGAAGUGUGGCUGUUCUGUGGAUGGACGGUAUUAUAAAGCGGGGACAUCAGUGCUGUCAGAGGGCUGUUCAAAGAUCUGUUCCUGUGAGUCUGGAGUUCUGAGCUGUGAGGACUUCAGCUGCCAGGAGGGGGAGGAGUGUAGCAACAAGGAUGGAACAAUCGACUGCUUCUCCACAGUUACCCCUCCACCCAAAGACCCCUGUGAAGACGUACAGUGUCGAUCAAAGGAGCGCUGUGUGAACGGAGAGUGUGUCCAUACCUCCACCUCAACAUGCAAAGCCAUGGGAGACCCCCACUUCUGUACGUUUGAUGGAAGACGCUAUGACUUCCAGGGUUCCUGUACCUACACUAUGGCAACAGUUGCAAAGCCAGCGGACGAUCUCACUCCUUUCACUGUAACCGUCAAGAAUAACCACCGAGGAAGCAAGCGAGUAUCCUAUGUGAGGACAGUGACCGUAACUGUUCAUGGACAGACGAUAGUCAUCAGCAUGGCUAAAGGACGAGUAGAGGUGAAUGGAGAGCUUCAGCACCUGCCUGUCAAUCUGCUGGAGGGGGAGGUCACUGUGAGGCGGAGUGGCGGCUACGCUCUCCUUGCCACCGACUUUGGCCUGAUUGUAAAAUACGACUGGAACAUGAGGCUGAUAAUCACAGCACCUUCUUCUUAUUUCGACCACAUGGGAGGACUGUGUGGAAACUACAAUGGAGACAAAAAGGACGACCUGCCGGACCCCAAAUCCAAAAGUAUCCCCAUAGUGCUGGAGAUGAUCAAGAACUGGAAGGUGGAGGAUCCAGAUCUGUUUUGUAGUGAUAACUGCGGCGGUCGCUGUCCUCAAUGUUCACUGACGCAGCAGGAGCACUUCAGAAACCCCAAACUCUGCGGACUUAUGUCCAAAGAGGACGGACCGUUCGCAGCCUGCCACAAAACCGUCCACCCCUCCGGGCAGCUGGACGACUGUGUCUACGACGUCUGUGCCAAUAACGGUGCCAAAAAGAUCCUCUGUGAACACCUGGAGAUUUACGUUGAGUCCUGUUUGUCAGAAGGAGUCAAAGUUGGUGCAGAGUGGAGAGAGCAGUCCGGCUGCAUCCCGUCCUGUCCAGCAGGAAGUCACUAUGAAUCCUGUGGUUCAGCAUGUCCCGCCUCCUGCUCGGCUCUGGACAGUCAGGAGCUCUGUAAAGAUUCCUGUGUGGGUGGAUGUCAGUGUGAUGAAGGACGUGUGCUCAGUGGGGACAGGUGCGUCCCUCAGGCCCAGUGUGGAUGUCAGUAUCAGAGCAAGUAUUACCCAGCAGGCGCCAAGUUUUGGGGGGACAACACCUGCACCUCCAGGUGUGAAUGCAAGAACGGGAAAGCCGAGUGUGAACCAGUCAGCUGCAAGAAGAGCGAGCAGUGUGCUGUGAAGAAGGGGAUCAGGGACUGCUACCCAACAACCUACGGCUCAUGCAAGUGUUCCGGAGACCCCCACUGUAGAACCUUUGACAACAAGAAGUUUGAUUUCCAGGGCACCUGUACCUACGUCCUAGCUCAGCUGGUCGAAGGCUCCCAGCAGAACCUGGAACCGUUCCAGGUUCUGGUCACUAACGAGCACAGAGGGCGGAAAACAAGCGUGUCCUUCACCAAGUCCGCCUUUCUCACCGUGUUUGGAAACGUCACUGUUGGCAUGAGCCGCAUCAAGCCAGGACAGAUAACGGUGAAUGGUCAAGCAGUCAAUCUGCCGUUCAACUUUGAGGAUGGAAAACUCAUCGCACUCAGACAACGACGAUUCGGUGUGGUGAAAACAUAUUUUGGUUUGACACUCAAAUUCGACUGGAGUGCCCACGUCAAGGUGAUUCUGCCCAGUUCAUACUCAGAAGAAACAGUCGGCCUGUGCGGAAACUUCAACGGCAACAAAGGAGAUGACUACCUGAAACUGGACGGCACUCAGACUAAGAACGUUAAUGAAUUUGGUGGCAGCUGGAAGGUUGGAGGAGACUUCGGCUGCACCAGUGACUGUCCAGGAGGUAAAUGUCCUGAGUGUGAACCUGCAAUGAUCCCACUGUACCAGGAGAGGCGCUACUGUGGCAUCAUCUCUGACAAGGAAGGACCAUUCAGUCAGUGUCACAGUAAACUGGAUCACACAGAGUUCCUCAGCGACUGUGUGUUUGACAUGUGUAUGUACAAAGGACACGCCUCCGCUCUGUGCAGCAGCCUAUCAGCUUUCAGUUCCGCCUGUCAGGAAGCAGGGGCUAAAGUGGAGAGCUGGAGGAGCGAAAACUUCUGUCCUCUAUCUUGUCCUGCAAACAGUCACUAUGAGUUGUGUGCCGACCCCUGCCAGCUCACCUGCAGCGACCUCGCCCCAGCUGAUGGCUGUGACGAGAGCGCCUCCUGUGGGGAAGACUGUGUGUGUGAUGAUGGCUUCAUCAUGAGUCACGACAAGUGUGUCCCUGUGGCAGAUUGUGGCUGCCAGGACGGAGGGCAGUACUAUCAGAACGGACAGACGUUCUUCCGUGGACAGUCCUGUGACACUCGGUGUGUGUGUUCAGACGGAGGACAGAUUCAGUGUGACUCUACCUUCAAAUGUUCAGAACAUGAGAAGUGUGUUCUGAAAGACGGCUCCAACUCCUGUGAACCCAAAAGUAUCGGUUCUUGUUCUGUGAGCGGAGUCAGAACCAUCCGCUCCUUUGACGGACAGGAGUUUCCUCUGUGGGGAGACUGUCUGUUCAUCCUGUCAGAGGUGGAGGAGAUCGAUGGAGGGAAGCCGGCCUACUCUGUGUUUGUGGAGCAGAAAACUCUUGAAGACGGUUCAGUCUCUCGCAACGUGGUUAUCAAAGUUGAAGACACUGAAUUCACCAUGGAAGCAGGAGUCAGCUGGGAAGUCAAGGUCGAUGGCAUCAGAGUCUCCCUUCCUCUGUCACUGAACGAGGGCAAAGUUCGAGUAUAUCAAAAUGGCAUCCACAUCGUGGUUGAGACCGACUUUGGUCUGAAGCUGACCUAUAACACAGUGGCAGACUUGGUGUUACAAAUCCCAUCGACCUAUCACAGCGCUCCAAGCGGUCUCUGUGGAAACUUCAACGCCGACCCGUCUGAUGACUCCAUGGAGGGGAAAGGGGAUCCGUUGGCUGCAGCGGCAUUCUGGGUUGUAGAGAAAGACGACGUCCAGUGCGAGGUGGACUGCGGAGACACUCCCUGUCCUGGGCUUGAUAAAGAGGAGGUUCCAGAGUCUCAAAAGGCCUGUGACAUCAUCAAAUCAGCACAGGGCCCGUUUGAGGGAUGCCACUCUUCAGUUAGCCCGACUCCAUUCUACGACAUCUGUGUCAAGGAGAUGGCCACACACAAAGGAGGCGACAAGCUCCUAUGUCAACACAUCCAGAGUUACGUCACACAGUGUCAGCUCGCCGGAGCCAAAAUAAAGGAGUGGAGGAGCGACAAGUUCUGUCCGCUGACAUGUCCAUCGGGGAGUCACUAUGAUCUGUGCCCCUCCACCUCGUCCUCCACCUGCUCCUCCCUUCAGGACUCAGCCGCUCCGCCGGCCUGUCAGGAGGGCUGCCAGUGUGACGACGACCUGUUGUUUGAUGGAGCAAAGUGUGUCCCAGUGGAGAAGUGUGGCUGUUCUGUGGAUGGACGGUAUUAUAAAGCGGGGACAUCAGUGCUGUCAGAGGGCUGUUCAAAGAUCUGUUCCUGUGAGUCUGGAGUUCUGAGCUGUAAGGACUUCAGCUGCCAGGAGGGGGAGGAGUGUAGCAACAAGGAUGGAACAAUUGGCUGCUUCUCCACAGACCCGUGUGCCGAUAUGAAGUGCAGGGUGAAGGAGCACUGUGAGGUGUCAGAGGGUCAGGGUGAGUGUGUGCCAGACUCUAAGGCCAUGUGUUGGGCUUUUGGAGACCCUCACUUCAGCACGCUCGACGGCAUGACCUACCCCUUCCAGGGAACCUGUAGCUACAUCCUACUCAGCACUACAGGUGCGGAUUCAUCCCUGCCGGAUGUAACUGUGACCAUGAAAGGCGAGCUGAGAGGAAACUCUGAAGGCUCCUUCGUGCAUUCAGUCACUGUGGAGAUGCUGGGCCAUCGUAUCGACAUCCCCAGUGGAGUGGAAGAUAUGAUACUGGUGGACGGCAUCAGGGAGGAACUCCCCGUCACGAUCGAAGGAAGAUUCUCCAUCAGCCAAUCUGGAGUAAGAGGAACAAUCAGGAGCGACAUUGGCGUGGAGGUCACCUUUGAUUGGGCCGCUUUUGUCAUGAUCACAUUAAGCAGCAGCUACUUUGGUAAUGUUGGCGGACUCUGUGGUAACUACAAUGGAAACAGGUCAGAUGACCUGACCACUGCAGGAGGAAGCAUUACUGCUAAUGUGACGGACUGGGCGGCGUCUUGGAGCACCCCUGAUGGAGACCCGUUCUGUUUCCAUCACUGUGAGGGGGAGUGUCCUCAGUGCUCACAGGAGGACCGCAAGAAGUACACUGGUCCAGAGUUCUGCGGCAUUCUGAAUGAUAAGGCCGGACCUUUCGCCGGCUGUCACGCCAGUGUUUCAGUCGAAGAGUUUGUGAAGGACUGUUUGUAUGACGUCUGCCUCAAUGAAGGGCGACAGGAUGUGCUGUGUAAGGCUCUGAGCGCGUACAUGACAAAGUGUCAGGAAAGCAAAGCAUCGACGGCCCCGUGGAGGGAAAAGGCCGGAUGUCCUCUUCAGUGCCCUGAACACGGUCACUACGAGACCUGCGGCUCAGCGUGUCCAGCCAGCUGUGGUCCUCAGCCUAUGGUGUGUCCACUGAUAUGUGUGGAGGGCUGUUUCUGUGACGACGGAUAUGUGAUGAGUGGAGGAGAGUGUGUCAUCAGGGAGAAGGGCUGUGGCUGUGAGUAUGAAGGACAUUACUACAAGCCCCAUGAGGAGUUCUGGGCUGAUCCGGAGUGCCACCAGAAGUGUGUGUGCAACUCAGCCACACAACAGGUGAAGUGUAAGCAAACUGGAUGUCAGGUCGGAGAGAUGUGCAGCAUUCUAGAUGGAGUCCAGGACUGUUAUCCAAUGAGCUUCAAGACAUGCACCGCACGCGGGGACCCACACUUCACAUCCUUUGAUGGUCAAAAGUUCGACUUCCAGGGCAACUGUGUGUAUAAUCUGGCCAGUGUGUGUAAGGACGUCAGGGGACAUAAGCACUUUGAGAUAACUCUGGAGAACGAAAACCGCAACAACAAAAGAGUGUCUUACGCCAGAGCUGUGACUCUUAAGGUCUUCGGCGCAGAGUUCACACUUUCACGUGAAAACGCAGGCAAAGUGCUGGUGGAUGGUCUUGAAAACACUCUGCCGGUAUCAUGGAAUAGAACACUGGUGCAGGUUUAUCAGAAACACAGACACGCCGUCAUCGAAACACACUUCCUCAAGGUGUCCUUUGACUUCUCCAGUGCAGUGAAGGUGGAGCUGGCAUCUAGUUAUGAAGGUGCGACCUGCGGCCUUUGUGGAAACAUGAACGGAGACGCUGCUGACGACCUGACGCUGCCCAACGGCCAGCUUGCCGCUUCUGCCAAUGAUUUUGGAGUGAGCCAGUGGGUGUCUGAUGUGGAGGGCUGCUCUCAAGAGUGUAAGGACUGUCCCCCGCCCCUCCCCUCCGGCGUCGCUCCGCCCCCCUACACACAGGUGUGUGACAUCAUAAUAUCAAAGGAGGGACCGCUGGCAGGAUGUAUCGACCUCCUGGACUCCAAAGAGUUCCACAAAGACUGUGUCUACGACAUGAUGCUCAACAACGGCAACGAAGAGGCGGCCUGUGAAAUCAUCAGAGAUUAUGUAGAGGAGUGUCUGAGUGCUGAGGGCGAGGUCCAACCAUGGAGGACAGAAAAGUUCUGCCCAAUGAAGUGUCCAGCCAAAAGUGAGUACAGUCUCAAAGCUCCCGGCUGUCCAGUCACCUGCAGCUCUCGAUCUCCUCCAGCGGACUGUAGAAUCCUGCCUAGUGAGGGCUGUGUGUGUAAGGAGGGACACCUGAUGAGUAAGGACGGCUGUGUGAAGCUGGCUCAUUGUGGCUGUAGGGUCAAAGGUCGAUUCCUGGAGGCUGGGGAGGGCUUCUAUGAGGAAAGUACCUGCAGCCUUUACUGCAAGUGUGAGAAAGGAAGUCUGAUCUGCAAGAAGAACCCCUGCACGGCAGACGAGACAUGUGCUGUGGUGAAAGGUGUGAGGGGCUGCUACAACAAAGAGUUCCUGAAGAAAUAAGGAGAGGCGGAGGGACAGGAAGGAAGCAAGGAAAACAAGGGAGACAGCAAGGAAGAGAGCGACAGCAAGGAAAAGAAAGACAAGAAAAAGAAAGACAAGAAAAGGAAAGGAAAGAAAAAGAAAGGGGAUUAAAGAUCAGGUUGUUUCUCAAUCAAUUGAAGAUAUAUAUUCAGAUUUAAUCAUCCAAUCAGGGGAUGUCCUGUCACUUUCUGUCACUCUGUUUUCAGACACUUGAGCUGAAACACUGGAAAUUAAGGUUUUGAAUCAGGAGCUGACUAACUCUGCAGCGUCUCAGUAAUUUACUUCCUGUUUGAUUUUUCCUCCAUUAUACACAUUUUCAUUCUUUAAUCUGCUCAUCAUACUUCAGUCUGUAUCAAUCAAGUAUAUCUGGUGAUCAAUAAACAUUUCAGCAGCUUGAACGUCUGA